AUGGCACAGAGCAAAGAUCAUGCCAUUAGGAUGAACGAUGGGAACAAAAUCCCUGUGCUUGGAUUUGGUACCUAUUCCCCGGAUGAUGCUGAAAAAAGUAAGUGUGAGGAAGCUACAAAGAUAGCCAUAGAAGUUGGCUUCCGCCACAUUGAUUGCGCUUAUCUAUACAACACCGAGGAACAGGUUGGGCGAGCUGUUCGUGAGAAGAUUGCCGAUGGCACAGUAAAAAGGGAGGAUAUUUUCUAUACAGGAAAGUUGUGGAGCACCUUCUACCGUCCUGAAUUGGUUCAGACAUGCCUAGAACAAUCACUGAAGAAACUCCAGUUUGAUUACAUGGAUCUAUUCAUAAUACACAACCCUUAUGCUCUUCAGCCUGGACCAAACCCACUUCCGUUGGGAGAAAAUGGAAAACUGAUUUAUGACAAUGUAGAUCUCCGUCAGACUUGGGAGGCAAUGGAAGCAUGCAAAGAUGCUGGCUUAGUGAAAUCUAUUGGAGUCUCCAACUUCAACCGUCAGCAAUUGGAAAUGAUCCUCAGCAAACCAGGACUGAAAUACAAGCCCGUCCUAAACCAGGUUGAAAGCCACCCUUACCUGAACCAGAGCAAGAUGUUGGCCUUCUGCAAAUCAAAGGACAUCCUCCUGGAAGCAUAUAGUGCCCUGGGGUCCCAAAGGAAUGCUGCAUGGUUAAAUAAAGAGACCCCCGUUCUGCUUGAGGACCCCCUGCUGGCUGCUAUUGCAAAGAAGUACAACCGAAGCCCGGCCCUCGUGGCUUUACGCUACCAGCUGCAGCGUGGCCUAGUGGUGCUGGUGAAGUCCUUCACCAAAAACCAGAUAGAAGAAAACAUUCAGGUGUUUGAUUUCCAUCUCUCUCAGGAGGACAUGAAAUCCAUUGACGGCCUUCACAGAAACCAGAGAUACUUAAAAGUGGAUGCAUUUUUUGGGCACCCACAGUAUUUACCACUAGACGAAGACUUGGAUGACAAUAAGCGAUGAGAUCCAAACCGAAUCUUUAAACUUGGAGGAAAAUAUGUGCAAAAUACAAGAGGAUUUUUUUACCCAUGCAGCCUUGCAAGAAGAGCAUGAUUACAUGUU